UUUAAACUGUACGUUCAAUAUCUAUAAAAUAUUUAUAGAUUUGUCAUAAACACUGGGAUGUUGAUGGACAAGAAUACACGUUAGAUAGCAAGAAAGGAGGAGGAAAGGAAAAUGCAGCCUAUGUAGUAGCAUUAAAAUGACAUGUGCAAACCUAAUAAUACUUUUUAAGUUAUCACUAACAACUGUUAUUGAAAAGGUUACAGUUCAAACAAAUGUAUUAUUAUUUAUACUCAAAUCAACAACAGUAUAUUUUAACUUCAAAGUAAAAGUACUGUAAGUACACUCUUGUAUCAUUUAUCAGGUAAUGACAGUGGACUAAGGUGAAUUUCAUGUACAGUCUGUGAAAAAAAAAACUUUUAAAACGUACAUGGUUACAUGCACUAAAGAAAUUAUCCUGUCACCACAAGUUUACCACACGAUUUAUUAAAUACACCUUGGACAUUUCUGUGUUGGACCCUUUUGUCUCAGUUCAUACAAUGAUUUUUAAUCUUUUUUUGGUGAACACAUGCAAACUAUAGCCUCUGUUUCCUGUUCUUAGCUGACAGGAAGGGCAAACAGUGUGGUCUGCAGCUGUAAGCCAUCUGCUUCAAGUUUUGAUGUGUUGUGUGUUCAGACAUGUGCUUUUGCAUAUCUUGGUCGUAAAGGAUGGUUAUUUAACUAACCAGUCUAAUCAAACUUCUCAAAGUGUGUAGAAAAAUCUUAGUAGAUCAUCAGUUUAUGAAGUGCUCAGACCAGCCUGUCUGGCACAUUUUUGUCUUGGAAAUUUAUCAUGUUUUUUCUUUCCCCCCCAUAAUCCACACAAUUUCAAGUUUUUGCUUUAAGUGAUCCUAAUACUGUUAAAAUUUCUUAUUAUACCUAUGGGGAUUGAGUCUUUCUGGAGCAAAUUUCAGCUUAGUCUAUAUCUUAAUUUAACAAAUAUGAAACUGUGUAAGUGAAGCAGACUACUGCUGAUCCGAAUCAAACUCAACAUUUCCAAUAUUAGGUUGAACAUUUUGGUACGUAGAAACAUUUCAUUUAUUUAUAAUCUUUUACUGUAAAAGAUUUAUACAGUAGGAAUACAAUGUAAAAAACAAAAAAGUGACAAUGAAAGAGAAAGCUCAGAAGAGAGGAGAGUCAUUCUUUGUAUUUAUGUCACUGUCGUCACAUAGAGGUUUUAGUCUUGGGACAACCCACACAGGCUGUGUGCAUCACUGCUGAAAAUCUUAAAUGAGGAAGUUUGCACUUCCUCAUUUUCACAGAAGGUGUGAAGAUGGCACGUAUUUUAUUUUGGGGAGUUCUUUUGCUGCUUUCAUUUGAAAUACAAGGGCUCCAACAUGUGUUUCUCCUCCGUGGAAAGGACUUACACCUGGAUGUAGGGACAUCUGUUGUACUAGACAAAAAAACUGAUUUGUUAUGGAAAGUUAAUAAAACUAACAAUAUAGCUAAAUGUGGUUUUAAUAAUGAUCCAGUUGUGUUUGACAAAUAUGAAGGAAGGGCUGAGCUCUUCAGGCAAAAUUACUCUUUGUUAUUAAAGAAUGUGCAACACAGUGACAGUGGAGAUUAUACUGCAUUCAUGGUUAGCGAUGAAGACCAAAAGGUAGCUGAAUACAAGGUCAUAGUCCAAGAUGCAGUUUCUCCAGUUGACCUGACAGUGGACUCUGUGUCUGGCAGUUCAGACUCCUGUAACCUCACUGUGACCUGCAGCACAGUGGAUUCUCAAAUCAGCAGCAUUUUCACAUGUGUUGCCCAAAACUGCUCUCAGGUGGAAGAAAACAGUUUGAAAACCCCAGAUUAUUAUUCGUCUUUAAUUGUUUACCUGCAUGGAGACUUCAUCAUCUGUAAUCACAGCAAUAACGUCAGCUGGACAGACAGUAAGACUAAACCUUACUGUGAGACAAGGACAGUUUCAAGCGUAAACAUAAUAAUCGCAGCUGCUAGUGGCCUCUGUGGUUUCAUUUUCAUCAUCGUCAUCAUUUGCAUUGUUGCAAAACGUAAACGAAGGAACCAGGAAAAUCAACUGUAUGAGGCUGCUCAAGAGCAUCCUCCAGGCCAAACUCGAAAUGAGAAUGUUCCAGGAGAUGCCUCGAGUCUUUCCCCAACAUCUACUUAUGCCCUCGUGGAGUUUCACCCUAAAACAGAAUCCACGAAGUCCAAAAAGAUUCCACAGCCAGAGACGGUGUAUGCUCAGGUUACCAGAGCCACCAGGCCCAGAGUCACUGCCCAACAAACAGAGCUGGAGAACAUCAGCAGUAUAAAUUCACAAGGCUAAACACAUAUGAACUAUGAACACUUGAACUCUGCUUUUUUUUUCUUCUAAAAUGUUGGCACAGAGGACAUGUUGGAUCACAUUUAUCACCUGUUUAAAACACAAAUGAACUGAAUAUUUUCUUAAUGUUUUCAAACAUUAUCCUUUUUUGUAGUAAUAUCUUUGUGUUUUAGAUGGUGAUGGCUUACUGUGAAGUACAAUAUUUUGUUUUUAGAGCUAUAUACUUGAAUCUCUUUUUCUUUUUCUUGUUUUUUGAAGUUUUCCUGAAUAAUGUAGUGCAUAUAAUCUUUAUCAAUAAUUAUUGUUAUUUUUUUAUAUGUGUUGCAGACCAUAAAUAAUACUUAAAGUUAA